GGGAGGGGGGGGGGGGAGAGGGAAGCAGAUGAACAAAAAGCAGACAAGUCACGGUUGGAUCCACCAAUGCCUAGACUUUUGGAUGGAUCAUUGGGCAAAUAACACAAAGGAGCCGAGUCAACAGGGGACUGCUGAGAGGGUCGUGAUAACAUGUUGGACUAAUCUUAAUGUUUUAGACCACAUAUUUUGCGAGAAAUGCAUUACCGCUUACAUGGAUCAGCGUUCUACGUGUCCCGUUUGUCAAACACCUAUUGAAAGAUCAUCGUUUCAACCGUCGAAAUUUGUAAAGCGACAGAUUGGACGAUUGCGAGCGCGAUGUAUACAUCAAAGCCUUGGAUGCAACUGGCAAGGACUCUUUGGUGACGAGCAUAUUGAGCAGUGUCAAUACGUGCCGGUACCAUGUCCCAACGCUGAGCGUGGAUGUGCUGAGAAGCCACCCCAGAAGGAUAUGGAACAACACGUAGCACAAUGCCCUUUUGCGCUCAUCCGUUGUCCCAAUCUGGAUCCACUGUGUACGCCCUUCUUGCGCAAAGACAUGGAAGCCCAUGAAAAGCGGUGCCGAUCGUACCCUUGCCGAUAUGCCAUGGAAGGUUGUUCCUUUCUCGGUACCUUGCCCGAAACCAAAGCCCAUUGUGAACUCUAUUGUGGCAAACUUCACGCGCGAAUCCAAAUGCUGGAAUCAGAAUGUGAACAGCUCAAGAAACUCUGCAUCGAACAUGGUAUCGAUCAAGGCAAGCUGGAAGCUGUCCGUUUGUCCUCAUCGGUUCAUGCCUCCAACAAUAAUUCCACCCCCACAACGAAUACAGUCGAAGGCAGUCAAACAAACAACAAUAACAACAACAACGCCUUGAUGAAUGAAAUGCUUCUAUUCCAUCAAAUGUUCAAUCAAGAUCCAUAUCUACCGCUGCUCCUGAGUAACGAUAACAACAACAACAGCAACAACAAUAGCAAUAACAAUACUAAUAACAGCAACCCUCACAACAAUACCUCCAAUCAUCAUCAACCUUCUCAUUCUACCGCACAAAGCAACAAUACCACCGAUGCCGCCAAAUCAGGCAACGAUCCCACUAGCGCGUUUCUAGGGAAGCUCGACUUUAUGGAUGUGACCGAUUGCUUAUCAGGCGAUGCCACCUUCCCGUCACUAUUACCCCCUGCCCCUUCAUUUAUUACCCCCACCACCAACACCUCCGUCAACGCCGCCGUCAACACCACCACCACCAACAACGUGCCACCCAAAGCUUCGAUGAGUGAUACAACAGCCAUUCACACGACAGCGGUACCAAAACGAUCCUCCAACGGAAAAAUUAUCCGUUACAGCAAGAACAAACGAUUAGCCCACAGUGCACUUCGUAUGGCGCGCCAGAAAGUUGUACAAGAUAUCCUUGGAUCGCCUGAAAUGAUGUUGCAAGACCUCGACGUGGCCAAGACGGGUAUGUCUCUCGACACAAGUUCGCCACUCGUAUCGUCGCUGCUAUCCAGUUCGUCCUCCAAUGAUACUUCCUCUACCAUCGACUUAUCUACUCUCAUGUCACAACAGUCGAUCUCCUCUCCUCCGAGCCAUUCAUUCCCUUUUAACAAUUUGGAAGAUAUGACCAAGUUCCUAGCGGAGCUUCCCUCUGAUGCCGGGGUGUCAAGCAACGAUCAUCCGCCAACAGCUUUGAUGGGUGGAAGAGGCGACGCCAGUCCUUCCAAUGGCCCACCACGACCGUCACCACCGGGGAAACCGGAUCGUAAAAAGAAGACGUCACCGCAAAAGAAGAAAAAAGCGCCAUCUUCCAAACCGACCGACCAGGUUGUUACAGCGAGUUCACCAACCCCAGCGACCAAUGCACCUUCGCCUUCCUCGGGAGCCGCCCCCAAAAAGCGGCCCAUGUUUGUUCUGGCUUCUACUUAUCUUUCCAACUACAAGUAAGCCCGCAUUUUGUAUAUAAAUUCAUGUAGUUUUAUUUAUGCACACCGUGGUCCUCUUUUCUUUUUUCUCCCCCUUUCCCUUCAUCCAUCCUUUAUCUUUGUAUGUUCAUUUGCGCGUAUUCUCCUCUCUAUUCCCACGUACAGUACCAUAGCAAAAAUUCGGUGUAAUUCCCAUCAAUUUAUUUGACUCUCCUAAUGCUACUUUCAUCUUUCAGUUCAUUUUUCUCGGGAAAUGAGGAGAAUACUUGCGUAAUCCAGAUGGCGGAAUGUGCCGAAACUGAC